UCAUUGCAUUGUAAAGAACAGAGGAAAAAGCUUCUCCGGUGAAUCUUGGUUGAUCCCAAACCUGCGAACUGGGAUCAGCCACUUGCGAAGCAAAAUCAAUUGAUUGAAUACCUUUCUCACUGUUAAUCAUUUGAUAACAUCACUUCAAUUUGUUGGUUCAUUAAAUCACUCUUAACAUAUCUUCUUCUUCUUCUUCUUCACUUUCUGAUACGUACCCAUAUAGAAGGAAGAAACAAAGCAUCUUCUUUCAGAAAUCACUCCUCUGCCGCCUUUAAUUUUACUUCUCAAUUUUCUCUAUCCACUAUGGCACUGCCGCCAGAUACUACUCUCUUAAGUUAUUGGUUGAAUUGGAGGUUCUUCUUAUGUGCACUCUUUAUUUUAAUGGCUAUGGGUCUAGCAUCAUUUUUGAUAUGGAAGUACGAAGAAUGCAGUAAACCAAGGAAUGGGAGAAGAGAAAGACAGAGGGAAACAGCUGGAACUCUUUACGAGGAUGAAACAUGGAAUACAUGCCUUAAAGGAAUUCAUCCUGCUUGGUUGCUUGCUUAUAGGAUAUUUUCUUUUGUUGUGCUUUUGUCUUUGCUCACUACCAAUGUGGUUGCUGAUGGAGGUGGCAUAUUUUACUUCUACACUCAGUGGACGUUUACUUUGGUCACCAUUUACUUUGGGUAUGGAUCUUGUGUCUCCAUAUAUGGAUGUUUCUAUAAACACAAAACAAUUGAUGGCAACACAGUCAAUCAGGAACAGUUGGAUACUGAACAAGGCACUUAUGUGGCUCCUACACUCGAUGGUACUCCAGAAUUACCUAACCUGUAUAAGAAUUCCAAUACCAAUCGGGAGCCUCACACUCGGCAUAUUGCUCGUGUAUGGGGUUAUAUUUUUCAAAUAAUUUUUCAGACUUGUGGAGGUGCUGUGGUGCUCACCGACAUUGUAUUCUGGCUAGUCCUUUAUCCAUCUAUGACAAAAAAAGAUUUCCGUCUGGAAUUUAUGGAUGUUUGCCUACACUCUCUAAACGCUGUAUUCCUCCUCGGUGAAGCAUUAUUGAAUUGCAUGAGAUUUCCAGUGUUUCGAUUUGCAUAUUUUGUUCUGUGGACGGCUAUGUUUGUGCUUUUUCAGUGGAUCAUCCAUGCCUGUGUUUCCUUAUGGUGGCCUUAUCCUUUCCUUGACUUGUCAUCCCCAUAUGCAGCCUUAUGGUACACAGGUGUGGGUGUAAUGCACAUUCCAUGCUUUGCAGUCUUUGCUUUGAUAGUGAAGUUGAAACACUUGUGGUUGUCAAAAUUGUUUCCUGGUUCCUGUCAGUUUGUACGGUGAUUUCUUUAUUUUUUUUUAUCAACAAUAUUAUUUGUUAGUAUUUGUACGAUGAUAUAUUCAUGAACAAUCAUCGGAGUAGAGCUGCCUUAAACAUGGCUAAAGCAUAUUUUAACGUAGAAGAUUAGAUUAAACACCACUUUCCUCCAAAAGUGUUUAGGAUUUGUGCGGCAUGUGGUUGUUAUUUGCUACUUCAGAUUGAAGACAUGGAACUUCUCUGCUCUGCUCUAACCAUAUUUGUGAUAUCUUCCAUCCGAGAUAAACAUUUCACAGUAUACUCCUACAUUGAUCAAAUCAACCCCAGUAAAAUGUUACAAAAAGUGUUGUUCUUUUAUUAUUCAGUAUGGAUAUGAAUUGCUUCUGCGCUGUUA